AUGGAGGUCUGGGACACUGUAAGGGGACUGCUCCUUCAGGGAGAUUUUCUUGUUCGAAUAGACCUCAAGGACGCUUACCUGUCCAUUCCGAUCAGCAGUUCCGAUCGUCCAUGGCUUUGCUUCCUCUAUCACGGGACCUGCUACCAAUGGAAUGUGCUCCCUUUCGGCUUGACGUCUGCACCACGGGUGUUUACCAAACUGAUGAAACCAGUCGUGGCAUACCUGAGGUCGCGCGGAGUUCGGCUAGUGAUUUACCUGGACGACAUUUUGAUCAUGGAUCAGUCUCCUUGUCAUCUCCUUGCCACCACGAGCUUCGUAGUAGAUUUCUUGCAUGCCCUGGGUUUCAUCGUGAACCAAUCCAAAUCCCACCUCGUACCAACUCGGAAACUACUCUUUCUGGGGUUCGAAGUUUCAACCUCCCCAGAACCCACACUUGGCCUGCCCCUGGGCAAGGGUCAGACCAUCACCCAGGAGCUCAAAGCCCUUCUUCAGGGCCCAAGGCGGGCGAGACAUUUAGCAAAAGUCAUUGGCCUAUUGAGUGCAACAUCCCUAGCAAUCCUGGAAGCCCCUCUCCAUCUCCGGUCGCUCCAAUCUCUGCUUCAUCAGACCUUGAAGCAGGGUUCGUACGAGAGCACAAUUACGCUCACCGUGGAGGCCACCAAGGACCUGCAGUGGUGGAGCAAGAAACUCUUGUCGUGCCCCACUCGACCAUUGCGCGAAAAAUCUGUAGUACAGAUAAUUCAAUCAGACAGCUCCCUGAGGGGCUGGGGGGCGAGCUCAGAGGGUUCUGUAGUGGGUCAACAAUGGACCAGCGACCAGGCUCGCCUCCACAUAAACGAGUUAGAACUGGUAGCUGCCCUCUUGGGACUCAAAGCUCUAGUGAAAGCGCCGCCUCAAGGGCGGAUCCUUCUCCAGCUAGACAACAGGACAGUAGUGGCAGCCAUCAAUCGCAUGGGGAGCACCCGUUCCUCACGCCUGAAUCAGGUAGCACUCGAGCUUUGGUCUUGGUGUCUCAAUCGUGGCCUGACAGUGCAGGCGCAAUACAUCCCAGGGAGUCUGAAUGUGGUGGCGGACCGAGCCUCACGUUUCAGGUUCGACAGCAGCAGCUGGAGACUGCAUCCCUUAAUAUUCCGCAAAGUCGUGAAGCUGUGGGGACCAAUUCUGGUAGACCUGUUUGCAGACCUAUCGAACUUCCAGGUGCCACACUACUUCAGUUGGAAACCGAAUCCAGGGUCAGCAGGUGUGGACGCCUUCAGCCAGCCCUGGUCGGGGCCAGCCAUGGUAUCCGUCCCUCCUGCGUCUUUCAUGCCAGGAGCCUCGUCUGAUUCCUCCACUUCCAGACCUUCUACAGAAUUCCCAGGGUGUAGCUCAUCCACUGUUGGAACAGGGCCUUCGCCUGGCGGUAUGGAAAGUGACCAGCGACCACUCACAGACCCAGGCCUUUCGGGAGAAGCUGCCGAGCUUAUCUCAGCAUCAUGGCGUAGGGGCACAAAGCUUGUUUACAGUGCUUGCUGGCGAAAGUGGGACAGCUGGUGCAGUACAAGGUCGAUGGAUUCCCUUUCUCCCCCUAUAACAGCAGUCCUGAAUUUUUUGGCCCAUCUUCACUUCAACGAACGUCUAGCUUAUAGAACGAUCAACUGCUAUCGGUCCGCCCUGUCCCAGAUUAUCGGUAGCUGCGAAGGGUAUCCUUUAUGCGAGCACCCUUCUGUAUCUCGUCUGCUUAGGGGAGUCUUUAAUCUUAAUCCCCCUCUCCCAAAAUAUACCACUACUUGGCCUGUGGAAGUGGUCACCUCUUACAUCUCUUCCCUCGGCUCAAACAGCUCCCUCCCCUUACGCCUUUUAACUUACAAAUUGACCAUGCUCCUAGCCCUUGCUACGGCUGGCCGCUCGGCAGACCUACGUUUGUUGUCUACAGAGGGCAUAAGACAACGUGUUUUGGGCUGGGAUAUAGCUCUCAAUGGGUUACGGAAAACAUCCAGGCCCUCAGGGACUGCACCUUCCCUUUUUAUUCCUGCCUUGCCACAGGAGCCCCUUCUUUGUCCUGUGCUCUGCCUGCAAUCUUAUAUAGCACGCACCCUCCCCCAUCGGAACAGCUGUCCUCAGCUCCUUCUGACAACCCAGAAGCCGUAUAAGCCUGCCUCACGCGAUACUAUUGCAAAUUGGCUCAAACGGGUCCUGAAUCUUGCGGGUAUUGACACCCGUAUCUUCCAAGCACACUCUACUAGGGGUGCAGCAACAUCCAAAGCACUAGAUAGGGGGGUUCCUGUCUCUGAGAUACUCAAAGUUGCUGACUGGUCUUCUGACACCACAUUCAAUCGUUUCUACAGGCGUGAGGCUCGCUCAGGGACUAGCUUCGGGGUUCAGGUGCUAUCUCAGGUGUGCACACAGCUUUGA